AUGAAUAUCAAGAGUAUUGUAACAGUUCCAACCGCUGAAGUACUAAUUGAUGCGUGUCUCAGUAAAACCAAUAGAAAGACCCCAACUGAAGUCCAUCGGCACUACAAGAUUGGCCGCAUAAGAGAGUUUUAUACGCGCAAGGUUAAAUUUGCUUGUACUAUGUACACUAGUAAACUCAACGAGAUCUUAGAAGCCUUUCCUAAAGUAGACGAGAUUCAUCCUUUUACGUCCGAUCUAAUCAAUGUUCUUUAUGACCGAGACCAUUACAAAAUGGCCUUAGGUCACAUCAAAACGGUUUCUAGUAGUAUUAGUCGCACGCAAAAGGAGUAUACCAAGCUAAUUAAGUACGGAGAUACGCUCUAUCGGUGCAAACAGCUAAAAAGAGCUGCUUUAGGUAAGAUGUCUACUAUGGCUAAGAAGCUAGGCAAGACUUUAGUUUACUUAGAGGAGGUGCGACAGAGUUUAAUGCGAAUGCCGGAUAUUGAUCCUAGUACGCGAACUUUACUUAUUUGUGGGUAUCCUAACGUAGGGAAGAGUAGUUUUAUGAACAGUGUAAGUCGGGCUAAAGUAGAUAUUCAGCCGUACGCCUUUACAACUCGUAAUCUUUAUGUGGGUCAUUUUGACUAUAAGUAUUUGCGAUGGCAGAUUAUUGAUACGCCUGGAGUACUUGACCAUCCAAUUGAAGAGAUGAAUACAAUUGAGAUGCAAAGUGUGACGGCUUUAGCCCAUUUAAGAGCGGCGGUGCUUUACUUUAUUGAUGUUAGUGAGACUUGUGGGUACUCAAUUGAGUGCCAAUUAGGACUCUUCCGAUCUCUUUCGCCUUUAUUUGAAGGUAAGCCGGUUGUUUUUAUUCUCAGUAAGAGUGAUGCUAAGCGUAUCUCGGAAUUACCAAGUGAAACACAAACGCUUAUCAAAGAAUUGAUAGCAGAUAAUCCUUGGGUUGAGAUAUCAUCUUUAGCAGAGAGUAACAUUGAUAUGGCCAAGAAUAUGGCCUGUGAGUACUUAUUGGACCAGCGAGUGGAAAUUAAGUUGCAAGAGAAGCGCUUGGAAGAGUUCCGAGCUAUGCUGGAUAUUCGUAAGCCGGAAAUUGAUCCUGAGUACAAACGAGUAGCUCAGACGGACGAGUUUGGUACUCGAACUGAAACACAGAAGCAAUUAAAGGAAGAGGCCAGACAAAGAGGUGAAAAGUUCUUCUCUGAUCUGAACAAGUCUUACUUUGUAGCGGCUGAGUGGAAGUACGAUGCUAUUCCUGAGAUUAUGAACGGUAAGAACAUUGCUGAUUUUAUUGAUCCUGAGAUUGAAGCUAAGUUGUUGAAGUUAGAAGAGGAGGAAGACUAUUACUUACAGGAGGUUUAUGGCCGAGAGUACAACUUGUUGCAUCCUUCGGAGAAAGAUAAGAAACAAAAGAUUAUGCAUUCCAAGAUUGUGCAUCGCUUGCGCGGUAUGAACAAACAGCGCUCUUCUAUCCCUGAACGAAUGAAGUUUGCCGCGGAAACGAAGAAACUGGCUACUAAGGCGGCUCAAGCUCAAGAGGCCGUGGCUCCAGGAGCUCCAAUGGAAGUAGAACUGCGCAAGGAGCCAGAAAGACAAGUCUUAGCCCUGACACCCACCCAGCGCAACUUACUGGCCUUCAAGGACACCUACGUGAAAGAGAAGAAGCUUAAGGGUCGUAAGAGUGAAAGUGAUCGCAUCCACUUAACCGAACGGCCCAAGCACUUAUUCAGUGGAAAGACUGGUCGUGGUAAACGGCAAUACCGAUAG